UCCAUGCCCAUGUUUGUCCGACCAGCUGAUUGCGUUUACGUUUCCAUUCGCGUUGCGGUUGUCUUAUUAGCAUUCCAGUCGUGACUAAUGAUUUGACAGCCGCGGCUGGCCGCGGUAUCCGAACCCUGUGCCUUCAGUGACGUCCGAAGCCGUAGAAGCAUGGUUUACUUGACCAAAACACGGUAUCGGAGAGGUGUACGUCGCGGACUGAAUCAUGCUAUCGCGUGCUCUCCGUCCGGUUUAUAAUAACGCGCAUUACACUGAUGCCUCACCCACUUGCGCAGCAUAUCUAAGGUUUGAAACACGGCCUUUCCCAUUAUUGGCUAAAGCAAUUAUAGGUGACGAUGACGCCAGACUCGAACAGGUGUGAAAGAAUAAAAACCCUCGCGGCGUUUCUGCGAGAGCACGGCGAUGUCGUGCUUAACGGGACCAGAAGGCUCACGUUAACGACUUCGUGUCUGAACGAGCUGAACUACAUAUUCCGCCAGUUCUUGGGGGCCCAGGAGAACGAAUCUUUCGACGUGCCUUUCGGAUGCAGUGCCAACUCGGACUUUGUCCAUGAUGUCUUCUUUCUCCACGACUUCAUGCAGAAGACUUGCUCUUUGAAGAUUGUUCAGAGUUCCCAGACCAUACAGGGCAGCCUUGACUUGUCCAAGUUUCAUGGUCUGAAGAUUCUUGAGCUCAAACGAGUGCCACCACAUCUUCUCGUUGGUCUUGAAACCUUGGUGCUUCAAAUAGAAACAUUAAUCUGCCAGAGGAACAUCUCAUCUUUGAAGGAAAUCCUUCGAAGUCGCAACAAAGUUCCUCAGCCAUGGAUGAAAAUCAAGGUGGCCAAUUUCAGCUACAAUGGCAUCACUGCUCUGGAUGACAGUUUGGUAAAUAAUGCUUCUUUAAGUUCACAGCAUCACUGUUAUAACGAUACGCACUAUGGAGAUAAAGAGGGCAAUGCCAUCUGCCUCUCCAUUAGUUGUAUGGGGAGUGCAACUUUGCCACAUAGCAUCGAGUUUUCUAUAGUAGGUUUACCUAAGCGCAAAAGGCUGGAAAUACAGAAGUGA